GGUUUUUUAUUAGAUUCACAUGUUCUGAAAAUGUGUUUUAUAUAUUUUUUGGCAGGCCGCAAUAAUGAUUAUUUCACAAUAGUAAUGCACCAUUCUGGAAAAAUUAUGGAUUUAGGUAAGAUCUGUUAUGUGGGUGGGAAAGUUAGUUAUUUUGACUACUGUUGUUAUGAUGAAAUGUCAAUGACUGAAAUAACUGAAAUGGCAAGGGAAUUAAAAUUGGAAGAUUGGGAAGAUUUCUAUCACAGUAGAAGUGCAAUACAAGAUUGUAGCGUUCUUUAUUUGAUGGAGAAUGAUAAUGAUGCUUUGGAAUUAGUGAACUAUCUUGACAAAGACAGAGCCACUACAAUUUAUGUGAAGCACCUACAAGUAAUAGAAGAUGAAACUGAAAAAAGUCAACCUGAUUCCUUUGAUUUAGAUAAUCUGCCAUAUGUAGAUGAAACAGUAGGGUAUGUGGGUGAUGUUGAUGAAGUUGAUGAGUUUAAUGAUGUGUCUGAGUGUGAUGUGCCUGAAUUUGAGGUUCUUGGUAGUAAUAUGUAUGUGAAUCAUAUGACUGACAGUUUUGGUGAUAAUGAUGGUUUGUUUGAUGAUAAUGAAAGUGGUGGCAGUGAUGUUCAGUCAGUUGGAGAUGAUUCAGAGCACUCUGACUUUUUGGUUGAUAGUGAUUUUUUUGCAUCUGAUGAUGAUUUUCAAUAUGAUAACAAUGUUGAUCAUGGGGUAGAGUGGGGUGGACUUAGGUCAGAUGAAGAGGUUGAAGAACCUAGAAGGUCUAUGAGAUUAAACAAGGGGAAAGAGAAAGUGGCAGAAGAUCAGAUUGAUGAAACUGCCAAGAAAGAUCAGUGGAAACACCACAACUUUCCAGUUUUUAAUCCAAAGAUAGACAUGGUUGAUCCUAACUUUCAGCUUGGUGUUUGCUUCAAUGAUGCACAGAGUUUUAGAGAUGCCAUAAGACAGCACUCCAUAGUUAAUGGUAGGGAUAUAAAGCUGAGGCUUAAUUAA